CCUAGUGUGAUGAAUCAAGACCGAGUUGCUCCAGAUGCGUUUUGCGGAAGUAUAGCUGUCGAUAUCCGAGUCAUGACAACGUGUCGGAGGAACCAUGGUCGGCAGAUAGCCUUGCCUCUAACGCGCCCACCAGCCCUAUGGCUAUAGUUCCAGUCCCUGGGUCACCAGAUCAAUCUGCAAGUGAUCACCUGUUGGCUCCCACUUCUCCAUCUGUCCAACAACCUCUUUCUUCAACCUUAGGUCCCGAAGAACAGGGUCUAGUGUGGCGGACAAACCCCCCCGGCCCUCUCGAUGCGACAGAGCUCGGGCUUUUGGCCCACUACCUCACGCACACCAGCCACACCAUCCCAUUUGACGAACUCGACCUCUACGCCCUGUCGGUCGGGGUGCCAAAUCUGGCGUUCAAAUGCAACGUUGUCAUGUCAUCCCUGCUAGCGUUAGCAGCAGCAUGCAAAGCCCACGAUAUAGCAAAGCAAAAUCCAACCCCGCUGGACCACCAAAUUCUCGCGGACAUCGGGGAGCUGCUUGCGCUCGGGGGUAGCCACCACAUCGCUUCCCUGCGGCACAUCUCAGCAUCCAUGCAGAAGGCAGACUCGUAUGACCACCUCCUCGCCAAUGCGGCCCUAAUGGUCCUAUAUGCUUCUGCCAACCACUCCGUACGAGUGUUUCUCGCAGCUAUCGCAAAACAGCGCGGCCAGCGGCUGCCAAGCGACAUUCUCCCGCAAAACUCGCAGUGGAUCUCGUUUACCCGUGCAGCCCACACAGCCUCCACUGCCGUGCUAAACCACAUCAUUAACGGCCCCGAUUGCCCAGGAGUAGAUACACUACUCAUGUCCCCCGGGAUAGCGUCAUGUAACAAAGAUGUCCUAGCGCCGGAGGACGGCCCCACCAAUAACACAAAGAGGCUUUUUCUCCCUCUGGUCGCAUCGACGUAUAUCCGAGCUCUGGAGAGCCUACGCAGAAGAGCCGAGUCCACAGCGACUCUUUUAAAACAAUCCGACCAACACAUUAGCGACACGCACCAACUCGACGCAUCUUUAGAAACCAUCUCCAUACUUGAGAAAUGCGCAUCAACGGCCCUACUCCCACGAGAGGAUAACCCCAGCGUCGACGCCCCCCAAAACCCCCUAAUGUCAUACGAUGAACUCUCACGGGUCUCCUCAUGGGUAGCACAAUACAUGAUCAGUGUGACAUCGAUCCAAUCCCCGCGCGUGCUCCGACGAAUCAUCAUGUCGUUCCUCAACAAAGCACCAGCCGAGUUCCUCAGCCUCGUUCAAUCAGUUCUCGACUCACCAUCCGUGGAGGCGCGAGCCGAGCGGUGGAUGACGCAGGACUCGCCCGGGUCGGAGGAACCGUCGCUCAGCGCGACGCACCUCCUAGCGCUGGAUAUCUUCGCCCAUUGGCUGGUUCUUGUCAUGCUGCUGGACGGGGUGUGGUGGAUCGGCGACAUUGGACAGUGGGAGCUGGGGCAGAUCGUGUCGUUGAUGAAGACGCAGGAUCUGAUGAGUCAGUUGGCGGGUACUGGGGAGACGUGGUGGCCUGAGAGUAUGUAUUUGGUUAAGCGGGAGCUUGCGCCGAAUAUUAGCUAUUGAUGGGUAAGGCCUUAGAUUAAUUUUCUUUCUGGACUAUGUAUGUGCUGUAAUUAGCCAUUUAGUGACGCUGGUCGUGUUGAGGAAUCUUUCUAGCAAAGAUCCAGUCUAAGCUACCUGGGAGGAUGAAGUUGGUGACUAGAACAUAGAUUUCUGACGUGGAAUUAUCUUGUAUGAUUGCUCUAGUAACAUUAUACCUACAGUUCCGCAGAAAUAACUGUAUGAGGUUCAAUAGGCCCAUAGGAUUCUAUGUGAUCUGCGGAACGAGACGUUGCAGGGACGGGUGAACUGGAAAUUCCAGCUAUAAACAUCAAAAGGGCGAGCCAGAUCA